AUGAGACCAAACCAACAGCACCUACGCAUAUAUAGCGGCUCGGAACGCCUCGACCUCAGGUGGAACAAGUUGGAUGCGAAAAUGACUCAAUGA